AUGGAGGCGUCUCCUUUGAUCAAAGCACAUGACCAUGCCAAAGCUGCGUCCACAGCAACCACCACCGCCGACACCACCGUCGCCAUCAACGAGCAUACGAGGGCUGCCGGCGAAUUCGCCAAUGCUGCCAAGAAUACUACAAGCGUCGAGGCUCUGCGGACCUUGAAGCUGCUCGAGCAACAUCACCAAAGACUCUCCGAGCUCUUGCAAGCCCCUCUGAAGCCUGCGAAUUCCCAGUCCGCCGAGAAUGAAUCCCAAGUUGAGGAGAAGGAAGAAUUGGACAUGGGCGCCAGCCCCACCGUCAGUUCAGCGAAAUCUGAUGGCGCACAUGGAUCUUCAAAUGAGAAGAGCCCACCACCUUUGCCGCCCCUUAUGAAGCAGCCGAAGUACCCUUCGCGCGACCUCGGGGCGUCAAUUGCUAGCAACUUGGCUUCCGCCCGCGGCAUUCGUUCGAAAUAUCGUUCCCAGCCACUGAGUCCAAGUGUCUCGAAUACCGAGGCUCCCGGGAACAUGGAGGUAACGUCGAGACGAGCAGGAUCCAGGACAAAGAUGCAAAGCAUGCUGGAGACUGCGGAUAGGCCGAGUGCUGUUGCUUCGCCCGAAAAUACCAGUGGUUCGCAGGAAAGCAUGACCCCCAGGAGCCCAAUCGAUGGUUCGACCGCUUCAAGUGACGAAGGCUUCUCCAGAUUCUAUAGUGCCUUCGGGAGUAUCAUCAAUAGGAUAUCUGCGCCACUUGCCUUUGCUGGAUUGCCCCUGAUCAACGAAGAGCAGCCUGAAGAGCCAGCCCCCACCCCCACGCCAGAGUCACCGGUGCAGCGGCGGCAUAGGCUCAGGCCUUCCACUUUUUCGGCGUCUACUGAACCUGACCUCAAGAAAAUCUAUUCAAAAGCGGCGCUUAGAGCUGUUGCUCGUGACGGCCAAUCUACGAACGAUUCUUUCUACGUCGUUCCCACGAGUGGCCACACGGCCUCUUACGCAAGCAUCCUGACUUUUGCGGACAAGGAGAAACGUCGCUUGGGGGCUUCUGUCCACGGGGAUUCGGGCAGCCUGCUCGAAGAUGCUGACGAUGAUGAUUUUGUCGACGCGAAAGAAUCACAGGCACCCUACCCACCCAGCAUGAAGAAACGGCCAAGUAAGAGUCGCCCCGACAAAGACGUCACCAACAUGGUUGAAGAGCUCUAUCUGGAAAACAAGAGCCUGAAAGACAUGCUGGACAAGCUCAGCAAGAGGCUGCACGCGUUCGAGUCCAUGUCGCAGAAUUCAGGGAUGAGACUAGCGGAAAGCAUGCGUUUAAUGCCGCCAGGGCCGCCAAGCUCGGCCGGGACCAAGGCUGGAUCGGCAGAAGAAACGCUGAUGAAGAAUAUUCGAGAGCUCAAGGAACACAACCAGGUGUUGACGAGACAGAAUGAGGAGCUGGAGAAGAGCUACACCAAAGUUCGGGCAAACCUUGUUCGAUACAGGGAGAAGUGGGAUCAGUUGAAGGCAGGCGCCAAAGCUCGACGAGCUGGGGGUGCCCAAGGCAGCUCCGAGGCUAUUGAUGAAGGAUCGAAAUCUCCUAGCUUGAUUUGA